CACCACUCGGUAUUUGCCGCUCCUGCUGCAGCUCGAGCUGUUAUCAACUCACACUAGCCCACAAAUCACUAUUUGUUACUUUUGCACUCGUCUAAAGGACUGCUGGGUGUCACGGUCUCAUCUGCUGCAAAUGCAGGCCAUUAAAUGCGUGGUUGUCGGCGACGGUGCCGUAGGAAAGACCUGCCUGCUCAUCAGCUAUACCACCAAUGCCUUCCCCGGAGAAUACAUCCCCACUGUGUUCGAUAACUACUCCGCCAAUGUGAUGGUGGACGGCAAACCCGUCAACCUGGGGUUGUGGGAUACUGCUGGCCAGGAAGACUACGACAGACUCCGCCCCCUCUCCUACCCCCAGACGGAUGUAUUCCUGAUCUGCUUCUCACUGGUGAGCCCAGCCUCCUUUGAGAACGUAAGGGCAAAGUGGUACCCAGAGGUGCGCCACCACUGUCCCAACACCCCCAUCAUAUUGGUGGGCACCAAGCUAGACUUACGGGAUGACAAGGAUACCAUCGAGCGCCUGCGGGACAAGAAGCUGGCCCCCAUUACCUACCCCCAGGGCCUGGCAAUGGCCCGUGAGAUCGGUGCAGUGAAGUACCUGGAGUGCUCGGCACUGACGCAGCGGGGGCUCAAGACCGUGUUCGAUGAGGCCAUCCGUGCAGUGCUCUGCCCCCCACCCAUCAAGAAGCGAGGCAAGAAGUGCAGCCUCUUCUAAGGGUCCGGAUGGUACCCUGGGGGGGAGGGCGACACGCGGACCUCGGGGUGGGGUGGGGCACCACCGCCCCACCCUACCUACGUGACAACCAGAGUUCGUUGUUUUCUUGGAAAAGUCCAGCCAAGCCGUUCCUAUGUCUUACUCAUGAGGUGUGUGUGAGUGUGCAAGUGUGUCGGGGGAGGGGGAGGGGGGGUGCUUAGCAACAAAAGGGGCGGGAACAAACCUGGCCAAUUAGACGGCGUAACUGAAUUGGGUCCGAGUUUGCCUUAAAAUCUAUUUCGACCAUGAAAAGGCCCUGUUUUCUAAGAAGAGAUGCUUUUCAGUCACGCUAAGCUAACCAAAACGUAACGUUUAUGUGCCCUUGUGUGAGCUUGGACCCUUUUUCACUACAUUUGAAAUAUAAAUGGUAGACAAUAGUAUAAUGUAUAUGCUGUCCACCCAUCCACACCUGACUGCUGGUCAGAACGACACAUCUAGCCAUAUAGCAGGUGUUUUUUUUUUGUCUACAGAUUUGUGGAUAUUUGAAAGAUGUAAUAAUGUUUUCUUUGAGUUUGAUGUUUACAGAAACUCACCUGGCAUGAUUUUAUGGUAUGGUAUUGAUUAUAGUCAUUUUUGGACCUUGGUGUAAAGUAUGUGACUAGGUACCAUUGACAGUAUACAGAUCUCGGGGGAGCAGGUCGUGACUGUUCGAACAAAUUACCGAAAUGGGCCAAAAAUAAUCAACUGAACUUGAUGUGAGUGGGAGGGGUUUUAAGAAGCUACGGGAGAAAAUACCGGAAUACCGAAAUCCCCGUGUUUUCUCGUUCCUCCAAUUCUGGUAACAUAGGAAUGCUUAUCAUACUGUAACCUCUUUUAACACCUGGAUUCGGUGAUGUUUUUUUUUUUUUUAAAGAAAAUAUGAACUGCUAGUCACAUUUUUCAUUACUGAAGAUAAUUAAUACGCAUUUGGGAACUUCUGAUUUGAGAAUUCGCACCCAUAAAAAUGGACAGGUGCCAAACGUAUCGUAGCCCUAAGACAUGCCUCUGAAUUAAGGCUGCAGUGCAAAUUUUGACCGGAAUCCCCACGAAUAAUUUUCGCAUGUUCAUAUUCUCGUAUGUAGUCGAUAUCUACUUAUAUCAGUGGGUACAAAUUUACAGGCAUACCGCAGCGAAUUGCCAUUGAAGAAAUCCGCAAGAUUAGUUCCUGAAUUGCAGAGCACGUACCGCGUAAAAAGCAACUUUUUAUCCCACGAUGUUAUGCGAUUGACCGGGGAAAUCCAUUCGGUCUUAUUUAUUUUGGGGUUCCUCCAAGAUUUAUGUUGUUUGCGUCCAUGAUUGUAAGCCUUUGGAAGUAUGGAACAAGGCACGAGUUACUAAUACUUUAUUUUCGUCUUUCUAUUGUUGCCAAAAUAAAAUCUCACAGUUUAUGUUUAUAAAGAAAUUUGAAAUGUAUGCAUUUAUCAAUAAAAUCACGGUGUUGAUUUGAAAAGGAAAAUAACUGUUGUGGCAUUGGAAUUAUGGAAACUAUGAUCCUUGUUAGGUUGGAUGUAUGUGCAUCGCAAACGAGUUCAGCCAGGAAAACUCUGAGACACGUGCGUGUAAAGUUAUUUGAUUGCUGAAAAUGUUUAAAAUGGUAGUUAUUAAUUGUGGGGAAACCCGAUUGUUUCCCUCUGCUGGCUGACUGCGGUUUUUCAGUUGCGUCGGAGCAGCAGGAUGGUGAGCUUCGUCGGAAUGGCGACCGAAAAAGACCAUUGCCAACAUAAGAUAGCUCAGGGAUCUAAGACUGAGAAAUCGUUCUAUAAAUUGCAUGGGAAGUAUGUUGAACCUUUGUACACAUAUGCUACGAUUUGAACGAUUUCUGAGGAGAUUGUCGGCGUGCGUUUUCCAUUAACAUUUCUUUCUCCGUGUAUUUGAUGUUAUGUAUGUUCUUUUUAUUGCAUAUGUCAGAGUACUGUGGGAGGAGAAAUUCAAUUUUGUAUAAUAAAUAUGAAUUUACGACUAAA